AUGCCCGCCAGACCGUACUCGUUCUUGCCUGAAGGAAGCACGGGUCUGCUAGAUCUUUCCAAGCUUGGAACUGACAUUAGUGACGCCGAAGACAAGCGACAAGCGGGCUUUGAUGCAGGUCGCAAUAUCAAGGCGGCUCUAGUGGCAGCCAAGGCAACCCUCGAAAGUGGCAAAGACGAAACGGAUGACAGUUUGGAGAAACUAAUCAUUGAGACAGUGGGUGCCAAAGCCGAUCGAAGUCCCCGCGAAGCCAAUCUGCAUUACCAAGUAGAAGAUUUUGUCAGACAUCAAGCGUUUUUGCAGUUUUUAAAGGAUGCUACCCUAUUGCCUCCAUCGGCGACUCCCUAUGCGACAGACGAAGAGUACUUGGCAGGUGCCUGCAUGGGUCUAGCGCAGGAUUUGGCCAAGUACGGAAUUGGACGGGCCACCAUCAGAGAUGCCGAGUCGGUAAACUGUGCCAAAGUACUGGUCGGAGAAAUACUGGGGUAUCUACUGCAAUUUGACUUUCGCAAUGGACCUCUUCGGCGCAAAUAUGACGGCACCAAGUAUGCGUUGAAGACUCUGGAAACACUGCUCUAUGAACUAGCCGUCACCGGGACAUCUGUCAGUAACGCCAAAGAGGGCGGCGAAAAACCUGCCAAAUUGCAAAAGACUGAAAACGAAGAACCAUCCAAACUGCUGGCUCACGACGAGCUCAAAGAGCUACGAGAGCGCAUGGAACAUCGUGAUGCACUACGAGAAACUCUCAUCAAACGAUGCCGAGAUGGACAAAAGGCGGCCAAACAGGCAAUAUUCGCACUCCAUCGUGGCGAUCCCAAGAAGGCCAAAACGCUCAUAGAUCAAUGCGAAGAAUGCGUCAAAAAUGAUCUGCUUCCUAUUGUACACGAAGAACCACCACUCAAAUAUGGAAGCUUUUCCAACAUGUUGGAAGAGUAUUGUGAAGCAAAGCUAUUCUAUGCAUGGUUGUUUGGAGAUACCACCAAAGUGCCCGACGAUGUCAACAAUAAGCCUUCCACAACGCUAUUGAAGAAGGAAGAAUUGCUGGAAACCUUGCUCGGCAAGACAGACGACAAUACGGAACCAGAUUAUGAAAUUGGGAUUUACCUGGGUGGCAUUUGUGAUCUUACGGGAGAAAUUGGCCGUUUCGCCGUGCAACAAGCCACCCUGCGAGAUGAAGAGUGUGUCAAACUAUCGCUGCAAACCAAUAAAUCCAUCCUCAGUGCUCUGCAAAUGAUGGGACGGUCACCCCGAGACAUUGGCAAGAAAAUGGGAGCGUUGGAAAAGAGCGUCGAGAAAAUUGAAAGGAUAUUGUACGAAAUGAGCUUAUCCGAGGCGGCGGGUGGACGGAAUGUUCAAACGUCGACGGCAACCAUGGAUGUCGAACCAGAAGGCAAGGCUAUGGAUAGUAGUAGCCGUCAUUAA